AUGUCAGUGAAGAGAGCUGAACGUGAGCGAACAAGGCUCCUGCCUACGGAGGUCAGUCCUGGCUAUAAAGCAAAGCGGGAGCUGCUGGCGGAACAGGCGCCUGAACAGCAACGCGAUGCUGGGCAGCCAUUCGCCUCUGACGAGGAGCCGCGGCCGAGGCGGGACGAGGAGAAGGAGGCGGAGGAAAAGGCGGGCCCCGCGCUGCCGUUGGGCCGGCGCUGCGGCGAAGGAGGCGGAGCGGGAAGUUUGAACUGCGGCGGCUCUGAGGAGGAGGCGGUGGCGGCGGCGGCGGGCAUAGCCGAGGCGGGAAAGGCGAUGAGGCGGUGCCGAGCAGGCCGCGCUGCCGACGAGCAGCAGGUGAAGGAGGGCCAGGUGAGCAGCGGAGGCCGUUCGCCUCCCCGCCUUUUUGGGGGGGCGGAGAGCAAACGCGCGUUUCUGUUGUUUUGGCGGUCUCUCUCUCUUUCUCUCUCUCUCCUUCUUCCCGUCCUCCUUGCAUGCUGUAUCAAGUACAGUGGUACCUCAGAUUAAGUACUUAAUUCGUUCCGGAGGUCCGUACUUAACCUGAAACUGUUCUUAACCUGGAGCACCACUUUAGCUAAUGCUGCCGCGCCGCCGGAGCACGAUUUCUGUUCUUAUCCUGAAGCAAAGCUCUUAACCUGAAGCACUAUUUCUGGGUUAGUGGAGUCUGUAACCUGAAGCGUAUGUAACCCGAGGUCCCACUGUAAAUAGUAAGCAGGGGAGGAGAGAAGGAGGCGACAUGGAUUCCCGCCCCCUCCCCUCCUUCGUCUCCUAAAGCGCCAGGAGAAGGCAAGGACCGGGCGCCCAUCGCCCUUUCAGGAGCUAAACAUUUGGAAACGGACUAGGGAUGAGGUAUUAAAGUUCAACCCUCCCCGCUUUGGAGACUCCCUCGGAUUUUGGCUUUGGGCGGGUUUUCUUCAAGGACAUUCCCCCCCCCACACACACUUUUUGUCCCCUUUCAGUGGUGUAGCGGAGCAGGGACGGGGAAGGGAUGAAGGGGCCCCUCCUGCGACCCUCUUUUUUUUUGCCGGCCCAGUAUCCGCCAAAUAAAGGAAAGCCCUUCCGUUUAGACCAGUGUUUCUCAACCUUGGGUCUCCUGUUUUUGGACUACAAUUCCCAUCACCCCUGGCCACUGGUCUUACUAGUUAGGGAUGAUGGGAGUUGUAGUUCAAAAACAGCUGGAGGCCCAAGGUUGGGAAACACUGGUUUAGACCGACCAGAAUGCCACCCAAUAGCGAGCAGUCCCAUCGUUUUACUCUUCGGCAGGCUGCACCUUAAGCAAAGCUGCCUUAGUGCUGAAGCUCUCAUCGAUGAAAAGAAAGCCACCUUUGUUUGCAGGGUACAGUCUAGAAGGGUUGUCAGGAAGGGCACCUGCCCCUCAGAAUUUACGGCACCCAAGUGGUCCUCAAUGGAUCCCUUGAGCCAUGGCAUAGUCUCCUUAUGUGAUGCUGGCUCUCUAGUUUUAGGACUCUGGUCACCCCUUGCACUCUAGCCAGGCCUUUUGGGCUGAGAGUCUUAACGCAGCCAAUGGGUGGUGGACAAAUUGCCUUUUAGAGAAGUAUGUCCCCUCAUGGUCCUUCUUCUCCAGGAUCCUUGGAAUGUAGACUGCAAACGUCUUUCUCUAACCCCAUCACAGAACUGAAUAUGAAGUAAAAAUCUACACCUCCUAGUGUAAGGAUAAGUUAACUUGAUGUUGAUGAACUACACUAGUUUCUGCCAUACUUUACUGUUGGCUAAGGAGGCUGGGGGCUGAUGAGGGUUGUAGCUCCUGGCAUCUGUUGUUCCUGGUUUAGCCAACUUUAUUCCCCUCCAAUAUAUCAUAAAUCUGUCAUUUGAGAUUUAUCUGACAACUCCAUUGUGUUUUGGUGUUCAGGGUGGCAGCAUUCAAGAGAAAAUUGACUUUGAAACAAGAAUGCGAGAAGGAAUUUGUAAGCUGCUUGCUGUUAGCACACAAAAGGACCAAAUAUUGCAUGCAGUUAAGAAUCUGAUGGUUUGCAAUGCUCGCAUCCUUGCGUACAGGACAGAAUUACAGAAACAGACGGGAGAAUCAACCAUGAAGAGAACCACAGUGCGGUCAGUAGUAAUCUCAUGAGUUUUCUUGCAAGCAUAUCCCAUUAAUCACUCAUUAUUACAGUAAUGGCCUGUAAUUCAGCAUGGGGUAACUACUCACCAACCAAUGUUCUUCAGACAUUGGGUUUUUAAUGAAAAUAUUACUGACUUAAUUGCUGUGAUGCAACAGAUGCUCACAAAUGUGUCUGCUGCUGAAGUUGAAAGACAGGUGCAACUUCUGCAAGCAGCAGAUAAUCGGUGUGGCCUUAGUCUCAUUCAGGGUCUAAGAACAGUUUCAGCUGCUGCUCUUGGUGGGAAGAAAAGUAGAGGGUUGAAAGAGCAGAGAAUUCUUAUGAAGGAGAUCCAGGAGUCAUGGAGAUCUUGAGACUGGUCUAGUGACAAGAAACAUCAUCCUGUGUGGGAACCACUUUGGGUUUGGAGGAGUGACUCCCACAUGGUUAGGAAAACCUGGUCUCUUACAUCAGCUUCUAAUGAAGAAACACAGGAAGGAGCAGGUGAUAAUGUGUAAUUUUUCUGUAAACAAUGGGAACUAGCUCUGCGACCCUCAGAAGCAAAGUAUUCUCAGGGCGGGUGUGACCUUUAAAGUGUUUUGAGCCUUAUAGUUACAUUUCUUAUCUAAAGAUGCCAUAUCAAAUGCUAGAUGACACAGAAAAGCUUGAGAAUACAUUUACAAUAUCUUCCCUGUACACCCCCCAUAAAAUAAAAUAAAAUGAUUAAUUGGUGCCAUCUGCUGGUCAAUGUUGAUAACUACAUCAACCAAGAAAGGAAAUAAAAUACCUGUCCUCAGGCCAAGUAGAAAAAGAUGGUUUAGGAUUUUAAAAUACUGAUUUUAAUUAUUAUUAUGCUUCACUGUAGCUUUGGCCACUUGCUUAUUUUUGUAUUACAUUUUUAAUGCAUUCAUUCAUUCAUUGCUUUUUACACAAAAUUGUCCAAGUAACUUAAACAAGAAAUAUGAAAACCAAAUAUAUGAACAGAAUCUAAACCGCUAAUCCACAAAGGACAGAUUAAUUCCAUUAAAAGGAUGAGCACAAAAGAGGAAGUAGUCUGCCAAAAGGAGGACAGGGCACCACUGAAUUUCUAUGCUGGGUGUAGAAAAGGGUGUUUCGUAGCUGGGGCAGGGACAGUUUAGGUUUCUGUGCUAGGCAGCAUGUAUAUACUACCUUCUCUCUGCUUAGCACAGAAACCAAAAGAGGUUGCCACUGAUGGUUCAGAACACUUCAUCUCUCCUCCAGCAGCCUAUUACAUUUUCUUACUGGACAUCCAGGAGGUGAAGCUUCCUAUUUAACGUCCCGCAUAGAAACGAAGGGGUUGGCAGCAGCUGCUCCUUCCUUCUACCACCAGCCUGUUGUGUUUUUGUGCUAGACAUGCAGCAGACCAAGCACCUGCUUGUCUAGCAUACAAACACAGCAGGCUGAUGGCAGAGGAAUUGCGCAAUCUGUAACUCCAGCACUAUGCUGGACAGGGCAUUGUCUCUUGCACAUCUAGUGAAGAGACAUAGUGGGUUCAUGGCAAAAGGACCAAGUGAUCAUGCCUCUGCAAGGACUUUUCCUGUGUGUCCAGUACAGAAGCAAAGGAGGAAGUAAAUUGUUUUCCUUUGUUGCUCUGUCCAUCUUGCACCAGUUCCUGUUAUGAGAAGAAAAGAUACCUAGAGAAAUUUGCCCAAGACACAAGGUACUAGUUAUGUUCAAAUGUCAUUGAAAGAUGGGAAGUUGCAGAAGAACACAAAUGUGGUUUGCCAGAUUUGUUUGGUUUCAACCAAACUUAGAAGUUCCAGUAGAUUUUAUAUGAUAGAGAUAUUUUGGAGGGGGGGAGGGUGUUAAUGUGCACAGUUAUGAAUGUGCUAGAGUGUCCUAGAAAAUGCAAAAAAUGUGUCAUUUUUGAACCCUAAGUGGCUUAAUUUUAAUGGGUUGGUUAGAGUUACAAUACUUUGAUGUGUGGAUCCCUCUUGAGCAUAACCGAAUACACAAUAAUCUGACCUCAGACAAAUUUAUUUUGAAAGAAAAGAAGUGGAUAGAAAUUAAUUUCUUUAUCUAAUUAUAAUCUUUAUUUUGUUUUGUCAGAUGUUCAGAUUUUGCAGCUAAAGACCGUGAAGCUUGUGGAGGGAGACUUGCCAUAUCAGGUAUUAUUAUGUUCUGAAAGCCUUCAGUUGGUGUGCUUGAAAAUUUGCUGAUGCAAUAUAAAUUGCAAUGCAGUGUCUUUUCACUGAAAUGCACACUCUCUGUCUGAAAUGGCUAGCCUUGGGUAACUCGGUAACUAAAUCCAUUUGGAAAGUAAAUGCAUUCAUUGCAUUUAAGAUAAUAUUCAAGGCCUUAUCACCCUCACUGUGUAACUGUCUUGUACAAAGGAUACAUUUCCAGCUUCAUCACUGGAGGAUAUAACUGCUUAAGAACCAAGCAGGAGUAGUUUUGAAAAUUACUUCUGAUGUGGCAUAAGCAGUGAAAUUACAAGUAUUGCAUUCUAAAAUGUACUUCUAUGUCUUGGUCCUAAACUGGCAUACUCCAAAAAUAAGGCUCAUUAAUUUAAACAGAAUGCAAGGUGCAUUUAACUGGCGAGUAGGAUCACAGUCUUAGUUUUUCAAAAUGGGGAGAGGGGGGGUCUGUGACGUUCUCUCUUUUAAAUUGAUCAUCCUCACCUAUUUGAAGGCCUCCUGUUUUAAUGACUUGCCCCUCACUACUGCUUAUGCCUUGAAUUUGCUCCCCAAACAGCUUUAGUCAUUGAAGCCCUUCUCAAGGCCCACUGCUUUGGCUUACCUCCUUUGGCUUACCUCCUUAGUUCCAAAUUCAAAGCCUAAAUAUAUGUAUUUGUAUCUUCAAAGACUGUUCCAAUUAUGUUUGCCUCAUCUUUGUUGUAGACACCUGUCCUAGUGUCUAAAUCUAGAUUGUUAACUCAAUUGGACAGGGACCUUGUUGUUAUUUACAUACCACCAUUGUGCAUGGUAUUUUACCGAUUACAGAAGGAUAGGUCCUUUCCUCAACUUAGGAGGAGCUAUGAAACUGUGCCAAGGCCAUGUACCUGUUCAGCACAGUGGAUGGUAGCAUUAUCAAUGGAUUCAGGAUAGCACAUAGGGAGUUCAGACCUUGGGGAGAAAGAUGAGCAGUUCCAUCUUGGACAUACUGAGUUUGAAACAAGAGUUUGAAAAAACAUAACUUGGAAGCAUAAAUAUCAGGUGGCUGGAGAUGUAGGAAUGCAGGGAGAACAGCUCAGGAGGAGAGAAAGAAAGAGCUGGGUGUUAUCUCCCUGCAGGGGGUACAGAAAGCCAUAGUAUUACAGAUUUGAUGAGGUCUCCCAGGAAUAAUGUGCAGUGGCAGAAAAGCAGGGAUCCUGGAACAGAUCCCUGAGGAACCCAAGAACCCAAGAUCCCCAAUAGAGGAAAAGCAAAAGAAGAGCUUCCACCUAUGGAAAUAUUGAAAGAACUAUUAGACAGAUCAGAAGAGAAUCAGUGAAAGGCAAAAUUAUGGAGACCCAGAACAUAAAAGUGAAUUGUGUAGGGGGGAAAUAAGAGCAGCAGCAGCAGCAGCAGCACUAAUUUUCCAACUUGCCAGGCUAAACUACAAAACCUUUGCCUGUGUGCCAGAAUUUUAUAAUUAUAUAAUUAUAUAUCCUGCUGCAUAUCAAUGAAAACCUGGGAAACGCACUUCCAUAAUCUUUACGAGGAAUCUAGCGAUGAGUCCUAUGCAUUAGACAUACCGGAUGAUCAGAUACAGCCAUGGCCAGCAGUCUCAUUAACAGAGACCCAUCUGCUGAUUGACCAACUAAAGAACAGGAAAGCCCCCGGAACUGACUGUAUACCAGCGGAACUAUUUAAAAGCAAUGCAAACUGGUGGGCCCCCUUGCUAGCCUCUCUGUUCACAUAUAUAGAUAGAACUGCACAGAUCCCAUACGACUGGGGGACUUCCAUCAUUAUUCCCAUUUACAAAAAAGGCUCGAGGGACGAUCCCUCCAACUAUAGACCUAUAAGCCUCCUGAAUAUAAUAAGUAAACUAUACGCUAAACAUCUCAGCGAGAAACUGUGCGAAUGGAUAGAAAGAGCAAAGAUUCUUGAUGAUGCACAGGCAGGAUUUAGACAAGGGAGAUCCACAAUGGAUCACUGCCUGAUCUUACAGCACCUAGCUGAGAAAUACACGUCGCAUCACAAUCACCACCUAUUCGCAGCAUUUGUAGAUUUUAAAGCAGCCUUUGACUCCAUCCCAAGAACUCGACUCUGGGACAAACUCAACAAAUCAUCCAUAGACCGACGUCUGCUGCUACUAAUAUACAAGCUGUACAAUAACACACGACUUCGUAUAAGAUGCAGCCAAGAAGGCCAACUCUCUAAUUUCAUUAGAACAAAGAAGGGAGUUAAACAAGGAUGCAUUUUGGCCCCCUUUUUGUUCAACAUCUAUAUAAACUCCCUAAUAGACCAUCUACAAGGAGCGGAUACACACGCCCCAAAAUUAGCAGACAAAAAACUGCCUAUCCUACUCUAUGCAGAUGAUGCGGUUAUAUUGUCCCAGACUCAGAUGGGCCUCAAAAGAGCUCUUAACAGCUUAUCCCAAUAUUGUAGAGAAGAGAAACUAGCAGUGAACUACCAAAAAACUACCAGUGAACUACCAAAAAACAAAAAUCAUGGUUUUCUCUAACAAAAGGAAAAUAUACAGAUGGAAUUUAGACAAUCAGGAGAUUGAACAAGUGACAUGCUUUAAAUAUCUAGGAGUGAUAUUCCAAGCAUCAAGGAAGAAGACUGCCCACAUAAACUACAGCUCCUUUACAGCACAAAAAAGUACAACAGCAAUCCUAAGAUUCCAUCGUACAACGGGAGGAAAUUUCAUUCCUGCUACAAUUAAACUAUUCGUUGCAAAACCAACAGCACAAAUCCUAUACGGCGCACCACUCGUCUCCCUCUCUAAUCUAGACCCAUAUGAGAAGAUACAAUCAGGUUUCCUUAGAUCACUCCUGCAAACACCUAAAUGCGUCCCAAACGCCGCCUUACGACUGGAAGCGGGCUUAUACAGCAUUAAAGCCAAAGUAUGGAUAAGAACCUUAUGCACUUGGCUAAGACUUAACAACUCGCCGGUUGGACUACUUUCCCUGAUGCUUCUUGACAAAUUCCAAUCUAGCUGGUUGAAGGGCAUUCUCAGAAAACUGGCCACAUAUGGUCUCUCCCCAGAGUAUUUAUUAAGUUUAGAAAGGGGAAGGGCCAAGAACAUAAUCAAAGAAAGACUCAGGGACAUUGAAACCCAAAAUGACUUUAACCAACUUCCGAUAACUUAUAAACUUCUAUACAAUUCCCAAAGGCCCCAUCUAGCAAACUAUCUCAAAGUUCUAGACAACGCUAAACACCGAUGGGCAUUUUCCAGGGCCCGCUUUAACGCUCUCCCUUCAGCUCUUCUAGAGGGAAGAUACAAUAAAAUACCGAUCGAACAAAGAUUAUGUCCCUGUAACAGCAAUGAAAUCGAAACCAUUGGGCAUGUCAUCUUAUACUGCCCAUUAUAUCGAGACUCAAGAAAAGAGCUGAUCGAACCGAUUCUGAGGAAAAUACCUCGUAGUACAGACGACACCUAUAUCAGACACCUCUUAGCUGACAAAGAGCCCGAAAUUAACAGGUCCGUGGCAAAGUACUGUUACAUUGCAACAAGAAUAAGACGAGCAAUGAUGUCUACAAAGGAGUUCAAACUGUAAACAUCGAAGGAACGAUAAUAAACAGUAGCGACUCCUGAAUCGAAUUUUAAAAACUUAAAACUCGAAACCUGGUCAUAAAUAUAAGCACCAAUUCUGUGAAUUGGCCAUAUUUUUACUGUUACUUGUAGCACAAUACUACUCUUAAUGUCAUAUUUUAUAAAUUGCUGUCUGGUCAUUGACCGUAUUAAAGAUAUUUGAUUUGAUUUGAUUUAUAAAGUGAUUAGUUGGUCUGACCAGUAAUUUUUUUCUGGUGAAGCUCUGAAGAAAAUAACCUGCCUUUAUUGAAAAUAAAUCUAUUAUUGCCAGCUUUUUAUCUGUUUAGUUUAAGUUCUAUUUUAUUCUUGCCUCAGUGUUGGAUUUUGUUACAUUAAUGUGACUCCAAGAAACGGAUAGCCAAUUAAACGCUAUGAAAGCUUUGAAGCAGAGUCUCAUGAGAAUACAUUGCCAGUGGGAUUUAUUGCUGAAAUAGCAGGCUUCGAUAAUGUGCACCAUAGGCCAAAGAAUGUCUGCUUAUGAAAUUGAUUGAGAUGUAAUCUUCUUUGACAUGAAGCUGUUCGCUUCUGCCAUUCCACGUUUCCCUGCAUGUUGCAAACUCUUUAUGAAGCAUCAUUUGAAAGCCAAGUUACUUUGAUUUUUACUCAUAACUGGAAAUGAGUGAUUCUAAUAAAUUGCCAUUCCAGUUUUAGUAAACAGUGUAAAACAUUACAUCUCAACUCUUUUUCUGUGAUUAUUGGAUGCUUCUCUUCGUUUUAAAGCCAAAUUUAUCCUAUUUUUUUCCAAAGGUGUUGGAAAAACAUGCAGCUUGUCAGUGUCUCCUAAUAUCUACCUCUUGUGGUGUUCAAAUGAUUUUGCUUAUUAGUUGGCAACACAAAGGUAAAAUAUUCUACACAAAAUUAUCCUGUGAUUUCAAAAUAUAGUGUGGUGUAUCUUCCUCGAAGAUAGCAGGAGCUGUCAUAUUCAAGGGUCCACAUAAUUUGGCCUUGGUAGCCAGUCAAAAUUUGUGGCUGCCACUAACCAUGUGAUGAUGGCGUGUUAGAUUUCAGAUCCACUCCUGUGCCUCUGAAGCACACCACAGCUGUGGCAGCAAACCUCUGACCAAAUCCCUUACCUCUAAGCUGUAAGUGCUGAGCUGUGGAGAUGUUUGCAAAGUGGCUAGGCUCUUGUGGCUUGGCAAGCUUCUCUGGAAGAAGAAGAAGGAGAGUUUGGAUUUGAUAUCCUGCUUUAUCACUACCCUAAGGAGUCUCAAAGUGGGUAACAAUCUCCUUUCCCUUCCUCCCCCACAACAAACACUCUGUGAGGUGAGUGAGGCUGAGAGACUUCAGAGAAGUUUGACUAGCUCAAAGUCACCCAGCAGCUGCAUGUGGACGAGUGGGGAAUCGAACCCGGUUCACCAGAUUACGAGUCCACCACUCUCAACCGCUACACCACACUGGCUAAAGGAAUUCCCACCCACCCCCUUUUUUUUUGAGACUUGGGAGAAGAAUGGAAGAAUCUUCUUGAGUUCUAUCCAAACCGAGCUAAAUCUAGCCGAAUGAAUGAUUUCACUGCUUUGCAAGCAUCCUUGAGACAUGGUGGAAGGAGUGGGAGAUUCUGAAUAAAAGUGCUUUCUUACGUUGAGCUAGCCAAGUGCCUUUAAGGACUUGUUCUUACAGAAUCAGACUGCUGGUUCUUCUAGCCUAGGCCUGUUUACUCUCUCUGGCAGUAGCUCACCAAGCUUUUGAACAAAGUUCUUCUGCGUCACUGAUGCCCAUGGUCCUUUAGAAGAACCUGGCACACUGAAAUAACAAUCUGUCACCGAGAUAUUCCCAAGCUAAAUCAGCACUAUUGACUGAAAAAUGGACUAACUUAAAUAAAUAAACGCUCCCAACUUCCAAGUAAAGUGGUACCUGCCGAACAAAUCGGCUCCCGAAAGCCGCAAACCCGGAAGUGAGUGUUCCGGUUUGUGAAUGUUUUUUGGAAGUCGAGCGUCUGAUGUGGCUUCCACGGCUUCCGAUUGAGUGCUGGAAGCCAAUCGGAAGUCACGCCUUGGUUUUCAGAUGGUUUCGGGAGUUGAGCGGACUCCCGGAACAAAUUAAGUUCAAGAACCAAGGUACCACUGUAUUUUUAGGUACAUUUGUGUAAGAUUCUAAACUUUUCUUAACUGAAAAUGCCCUUUCAGUUGAUGUUCUUUUGAAAUUCUGCCAAAGGGAAGUCUAUGAUAAUUGAACAGUAUCAUUGAUGAUUGAUUAGGCAGGCUGCUGGAUACAGUGUGCUUGACUUUUGCCGCAGAUAAGGAUUAAAAAAAAAAUUCUGAAUUUUUUGAUUGUCUUGGGAUAGCAUCAUGAUGUCACCGUGUUUAAUUUUUCCUGCUUGCUUUUAGAUCUCCGAAUUCCAUUAAUGUGGAAAGGCUCUGAUCACUUCAGCAGCAGAGACAGUAAGUAUGUUUGUUUUGUAAAAUGGUUUUGUACAACUAAACAGGAGGGCUCAAUCUCUUAUUGAGCAAGAGGGCCUUGUGCAGCAUUUACUUCUUACUUGGCAUGUAAUGUGACCUUGCAAUAGACCUAACAUAGUUAUUUGAAAUAGGCUGACUUGAAAUCUAUAGUUCUUAAAAUAUGCAAUGCUUGGAAGAGUGUAGAGUGACAGAAGUGUAUGAUGCUAUCACAUAUUCAGUAGUGGGAGAGCUGAAAUAUCUGAUAAAGAUACAGAAAGUAAUCCUGCUAGUUGAAACAUUGAAAUGUAUCUAAAUGAAACUUUGUCUCCUGUUGGAUGGAUUAUUGACUUGGCUUCGUGCAGGCAUGCAGUUUGCUGUGUCAUGGAGAUUAACUCCUGAGUCUUUUCAAACUGUCUCUUCCUCCACCAUCCCCAAAGAUUUUACUUUGAAUUUCCGUAAGGUCAGAGAGGCUCAGUAUGGCAAAAUACUCUUAUCCUUCAUUGUGCAUUCUUUAAUGCAAGUUCUUUAAUGCGAGUUUGUAAAAAAAGAAGUAGGUUUAUCAGAAAAAAAUAACUUCCAUGAGUUUUAAGGAAACAAAGAUAAUGUGUUGGUCCAGGUAUAAAUAUUUUUGUUAUAGAAACUGCUGUAUUGUGUAAAUUGACCUGCUGAAUCUUCCCCUCCUUUGCAUCUUUCUGCUGCAUGCAAAAUAAAUAAAUAAAUCCCCCCCUCAUAAAAUUUUCAUCUUGUACUGGUCUAUCUUUUUUAAAUAGAAAUAAUUUGAUACUGUGCAAUAUGCCUGCCAGGCAUAUGCAGACAACUAAGGAAAAACAUUUUCUGUAAUAUUUAGCUGCUGAAGUGUUUUAGUUUUUGUGUAAUUUUUAUUGUUAUUAUAGUUGUCGUAAACACCUUCAAUUCUUUAUUUAAUUGCAAUAAACAAUUUUAAAAAAUAAAUAUAGCAAGUCUUUUAAAAGUCUUUUUGGAUUUUCUUUUUACAGGAACCCAACGUUACUCAGUAUUUUGCUUACUCAAAGCAGGAACUCAGGUUUUUGAUACAGACUUGCUUAUUGUGGAUAAAGCAAUCACAGAUAUAUGUUUUGAAGGUGCAACCAUAUUGUAAGUAUCUCUGGAUCAGUGUAGAGUUGCAGGGCCUCACCAAGUCGCAAGUUUAAAAAGAAUGAAAGACUCUUCUGAAGACAAAAAUCCAAAAACAAUCACACAACCCUUCUAUUACACCGAAGGCAAAAUGGGAAAAGUAGAAUGUUCAACUUGUCAAAUCAAAGGCUUAAAGAAAUUGCAUUAUGAAUACUGCUUGGAAUAUUUGAAAAUAAUACAUUCUGUGCAUUGCUGAAAGACUUGAGGAAAUAGAAGGAUGGAAGAUUGGCCAAAACCAGAAACGGGUCCUGGAUGCUAUGCCUUCAGGUGAUCAAAUGUGGGUAACUGACCUGAUCUGAACUUGCCAUUUGGUGAGGAGCUGCUGGUGCUCUCCCCUCUCCCCACUGUGCUGCUUAGUUAGAGCUUGUUGCCUAUGGAUAUACACGCUUAUAUACACGUGUUUACAUGAAUAUGCACAGGUGUUCAGAUGCAUCUGUUCAGGGAGGCAAAAAGCCUACUUAAACUGUCACUCUAGCUGUUAAUUACAGUGGUACCUCUAGAUGCGAAUGGGAUCCGUUCUGGAGCCCCGUUUGCAUCUAGAAGCAAACGUAACCCAUGUCCGCACGUGUGCGGGUCACGUUUCGGCGCUUCUGCGCAUGCGCGUGACGUCAUUUUGAGCGUCUGCACAUGUGCAAGCUGCAAAACCCAAAGCAAUGCACUCCGUUACUUCUGGAUUGCCGUGGAGCGCAACUCGAACACGCUCAUCCCGAAGCACAUUCAACCUGAGGUAUGACUGUAAUUCCAUUGGUUUAAAAAUCCUGAUUCAGUGUCCAUUGUCUCAGCAAAUGACCUUGUAUUGAAGCCUGAAAACUUGGGUACACAAAAUGGGUUUAAUUUUUAGACAUCUGUUCUUGUCCUCUUUAGCUGUACAAAGUAUUUUUUUUCCAUUGGAGAGCAUCAGAUUGCUGAAUGUGUUCAAAACCACUUGAUUUUGUUAUUAGCUGAUGCUGGUUGAAGGGUUGUCUUUUUCCCCACAAGCCUUCACAAACCCUUUCCCCAUUAUGAAAAAGCCAUCUGAGGUUAGAUGCAGGGUCACCAAAGAGGGUUUCUUUUUCUUGUUGUGAUUUCUUCCCCAGAGACGUUUGCUUGCCCCCAGUGCUUAUGUCUUUUCUGUGCUAGGCAAUUAAUUUUUUUAUAUACCCAGGCAUUUUUAACAUGUUUUAUAACAGUUUUUAGAAUCUGGUUUUGUGGCUGUACUUUGAUUUAUUGUUUUGUUUUAAAUUUCACUCUGGCAUGGGAGGCAUGCACUGGAGAGUAGCUGAGACAUAAAAUAAAUAAAUAGCUGUAAUUUUAUUUUACAGUAUUCUAAAUUUUUGUUUGACCGUUGUACUUCUCCUAAAAGCUGUGAAACAAUUGUUUCUAGUGAGGAAGCUGGCCCAGCCUUCCAGCUGAAGAUUGAAGUCUACAGUUGCUGCUGUACUGAAGAAUCUUCAACUAUAACAAACACUCCUAAGAAGCUAGUAAAGAAGUUGAAAACCUCAAUUGGGAAAGCUGCUGGGAAAAAACUCAGUCCUGUGUUGGAUGACAGCAAUCCUGAAUCCUUGUUGCUUACUGAUGUAGCCGUAGUGUGAGUGAAUUGUUCUUUAAUUUAAACCUAGGAAUUUUUUUUGGGGGGGGGGGGAUUGGAUGCAGUUGGUCUUUAUUUAAAAGUGUAUGGGAAUAGAUUCCAUGCUUAUGUACCAAGUGCUAAGAGAGUGACAUCUUAACAGUUCCUAAAAAUCUGAAUUUCCUGGAAGUUUCCUUUCCUGCUCCUGCCUGUCCCUUGAGCCACAGCAUAAGGCAAUUUGGCUACUCCAGUGUAGCGCAGCACAUAAUGCAUCUGGACUGCCUAUCUCUCAGCAGCAGAAGAUACAUCUUGGCAAUUGUUCAAUCAGAUCUUUGCAAUUGUUUGGUCUGACCUUUCUUCUAGCCUGGGGGGAGUGGUAUGUGCAGCUCUGUAGCUGCAGCCACCUUCCCGAAUUAGAAAAGAGGAAAGUGCCAGGGGCUGCCAGUUUGUCCACAGGAUGCCUGUUUCCAUUAGCCAAGACACGUUUUCCCUAUAUUUGUCUGGGAUGUAAGUGAUUGAUUUCUGCCAGUUUAUCAGAGCUGAUUUCUCACCUCAAUCAGAAUGUUGGGCUGAGAGGGGUGAAUGAAUAGGGACACAUACAAAUACCUUAUGCCAGGUCAAUGGUUGGAUAGUGUUCGCGAAGCUACCAGCAUGAGUUUGACCAAACUGCGGGAGGCAGUGGAAGACAGAAGUGCCUGGCGUGCUCUGGUCCAUGGGGUCACGAAGAGUCGGACACGACUAAACGACUAAACAACAACAACAACAACAACAGGUCAAAUUAUCUGACCAUCUAGUCCAAUAUUGUCUCUUCUUGGCUGGCAGCAGCUCUCUUGGACCUCUGGAAAGAAAGUGUUUCACAUUACCUACUACAGUACCUGAUCCUUUUAAGUGGGAAUACCAGGGACUGAACCUAGGAGCUUCUGCAUUCAGAACCUGUGCUUUGCCACUAAGGUAUGGUUCCCUCCUCCAAAGGAUGGAAGAGGAGGGACUAAUGAGGCCAAAAAUAUUGUCAUGGAAUAAUUUUGAUUAUUUAUACACUGCUUUUCCAUCAUAAGCUGUGCCCAAAUCAGUUUACAAUUACAUGUAACAUGGGGGGGGGGGGGGAAAUAGUUUGUUACCAAGCACAUCAUCAAGUUCAAAUAAGACAAACGUCAACAAGCACAGUUACAAAGUUACAAAGAUUUUGAUUUUGGUCUUUACGUAUAUUAAGGGGCAAAAAAGAACAGCUAAUCUACACUUUAAGUACUGGUAUUGCAGCACUUCAAGGUCCACAACAGCCUGGCUUAAAUAUAAAACAGAGAACUCUUCAGCAGGCUAGAUAGUUCACAGCUGGUUCCCCUGUGUCUCCACCAGAGGAGGCUAAGCAGCAAAAGGGACGUGCAGGGGAGUCUCAGACAUUCCAGAUACUCAUGCUAAUAUUACUACAUCAGGGGUGGAGUGAUAGUGUCUCCUUUGCAUGCAGAAGGUUCAGUCUCUGACAGCUCCAGCUAGGGCAGGUAGCUAUGAAACCCUGGAGAGCUACUGCCACUCAGCGUAGACAACACUGAAUUAGAGGGACCUAUUUUCUGACUUGGUAUAAGGAAGCUUCCUGUGUUUCCUGCACCAGGAUAAACUAAAGUCAUGCCUUUUAGUAGACAUCUAUUAUCCUGAUAUGUUCCUUGUAUCAUUGUGUGGUGUUUCAGUGGUACAUCCUGCCACUCUAUUCUUAUACAUGUUUAUAUGUCUGGUAUAGUUGUAUAAUAUAGUGAGUUCUCAAGCCUUCAGUGAGUUAGGGACUACCACUGCAUGUAAAGACAGGCUUUAGUAGAUUGAGUGGAUGAGACCAAUAGGGGGUCCAACAGUCAAGAAGGCGGUUUCUGCAAAUGCUGUAGAGAGAAGUGAGGGGCAGAUGGGGCUCAGCAACCUGGGAAGGUAGUCCAUCUAGGACAGGGGUCUGCAACCCGCGGCUCCGGAGCCACAUGUGGCUCUUUUACACCUUUGCCGCUGCUCCGGGGCGGAUACUAGCAAGGGGAGGAGGCGCAUUGUGCUCCCCGACACUCCCCACUGUGGCGGGCGCUGUACUGGCCGUGACGUCGCAUGGGGGCGGUGCGUGCGUUAGUCAUGCACCGUCCCGACGUCACCUUCCCGGUUUUGCGGCUCCCAGGUUUUUUUUCUUUGAAAAUGGGUCCAAGUGGCUCUUUUUGUCUUAAAGGUUGCAGACCCCUGAUCUAGGAGAGGGAAAACUCUGAUCCUAAACCUCCACUUCUUUGAGGGAUACUUUUAGAAGAAAAGGCUAAGGACUAAACCUUACACAAAUCCAGAAUGGAGUCUCUAAGACAGUUGGAUAACACCUUAUACGCCUCCUUCCAGCAACUCCUGCAGCCAAGCUUAUGCCAAAUGUAUUGCCCUCCUUUCCUUUGGACCACAUCAGCAAGACCAAGAGUAGGGUCGUCAUCUGGGCAGCCCAGGACCCCCAUACACACUGUCCAGACAUGUACUGUGGAAUCUCACUUCAGUGCUGCUAUUGCAGUUAUUUGACUUCACCCCCAGAGGUGCACGCCAUUGUCUCUCAAGACAGAGGGAUGUCAAUAACAAUAAAUAGUUGCAAUUGCAGCAUCAGAUCAUGAUAUAUGAUUUUUUUUUAAUGACCUAAUGAAUGGAAACAUUUGUAUGCUGAAUGAGUAGCAUUAAGGAUAUGCAAAAUGCUUUCAAAUUUAGGAAAAGUGGGUCAAAUGAUAAGACAGAUGUAUCACAUUAAAGGAAUAUUCUGGAACACACUUUUUUGUAGCAGGAAUAACUGAGCAACUUACAUAUAUGCUGCAGAUGGUAUUGUUAGUAAGUCUGGUUGAGGUUUUGUAUCAAAUGUGCUGAUAAGAACAGGCUGCCAUUCUACUGAAGACAGAGCCAGGAAAAAAAUCAUAAGUUUUAAUGUAUAGAUAGCGAAACGCUUUGAAAACAUCUUGUAGAAAGAGCUUUGGAAGUACAAAAUAUUCUAAUGCAAGCAAGUGUGGUUGGCUAGUUUCUGCAAAGAUACUUCCAUUUAAGGCAAUAAUCUAAUUCAAACAUUUAGGCAAAACAUUGCUAGCAGUGCUAAUUAGCCUGUUAAAUUUGAAAACUGAUAAAAAUUUGAAAGAUGAAGAAAUUGGCAACUGAUAACAAUUUUGGAAAUGAGACAAUGAAGUUAGCCAAAAAAAGAGAGAAUCUCAUGUUUUAGAUGGAAAAUGUUACAAUGAAACAUAUUUCAAUAGUGAAGUAGUCUGUUUUCUUUGGCAAACCUUGUACUAUAAAUAGUAAGGAUCUCUAACUUGAACAUUCAGCACAAAAAGAUUUUCAUCUGUAAUAAGAAACUCAGCUAUUUAAAAUGGAACAAAAAUGUUCAAUUACAGAUGGCUUUUAUGUGUUUGCCUAGUGAUUGAGAAUCUUUUGGUUGGAAUCCAUUUAUAUUUUUUUUUUUUUUUUUAAAUCAUAUUUAUUAAAGUUUCCAAAAAUAUAAAAAUACAAAGAAAAAAGACAAAAGAAAGAAGAUAUUUAAAAACCUUACUUUCAUUCCCUACUUUCUGGGACUCUCCCUCCCCCAAUUGUAUUCCCUUUCCUUAAUUUGGUUCUACAAGCUCUCACUCCCAAAUUUAACGCUGAAUGUGUUUAACCCACUAUCCAAAUACAAUUGUACAAAUCUUACCACCGUCCCACAUCAUUAACAGAAAAAGAAAAAAGAUUUUCCCCAAGAUCCACCCCAGUUCCUUCCACAAAUUCCCUUUUUUUUAAACACGUCCAAUCAAAGUAAAAUAACAUGCGUAAGUUAUGUAAAGAAAUAGAAAAUAAGAGAUAUAGAAAAAUUCAAAAAUGGUUACACAGCCUUUGGAUUUCAAAUCUCCCCCCUUCCCGGUUUGAAUUCCCCAUGUCCAUCAGUCUAUACAUUAUCAGCUUGGAAGUCUCAUUUCAUGACCAGAUUUCUCCCCGAUUCCAUCUUGCCGGUUUUCUUUUAGUUUAUUAAUUUAAAUAGUAUUUGACUUCAAAUGUCCAAUCUAACAAAGGCCUUUAAUUUCCUUGAUCUUUACCACUCCUCCCGUUGUUCUUUCCGUGUCGUAAUCAGUCCUUUAUUCUUCUUAUUCCUCACUUUCUCAGGUUUCUUGUCCUGUUCAGCUGCUAAAACUUUCUAAUUCAGAAAUCUAGUGUCUCUGCAGAGGUUUGUUAUUCAGGAACAAAAACUUACGUCCAGUCCCUUUCUUUCUUCAAUAAAAAUUCCAUUGUCUUCCUCUGUAGACAAAAUACUCUUUCAGUUUUGCAGCUUUCCCAGAAGAUAACAAAUCCUGUGCGAAUCCCAGGGUAUUUUUCCACUUACGACCGUUCUUGUAGUAUCCUGAAACCCCUCUAGGGGGAUUGUAAUAACUUUGUAUCCUCUAAUCCAAAAGUCAAAUUGUUGCUUAUUUUCCAACAGUUUAUAUCCAUAUUAUAGCAAAUUGUAGCAAAAUUAACCAGCAAGGUCCUCAUAAAGUCCUCUUUAUAUUCUCCAGCUUUGACAGCCACUUUGACAGCUGUCAAAGUCUCCGUCUCUCUUCACCAGGCUCCACGAAUCGCCCCGGUUCCCAGGGGGGGGGUUGCAUUUUUCUUCUCACCCUCCACUCUUCUCCUCCAGCACAUUUCUUAUAAUUUCCCAUCGUGAAAUUAAUGAUUUUUAUCAGAGACAUACUUCCCUUUGGACCUUGGUUACCCAGUCCUUGUUUUGGAAUGCUUACAAUAGGGGGGGGGAUUGACUUCCUUUUUUAAAUCGCCCCCGCUCGUGCCAAAUCCAAAAUUUUGAACCCGGUUUCCCAAUUACUCACGGGUUGUUGUUAACAGUCCAAAUUUUCAAUAGAAGAAGUCAGCGCUCUCCGUCGAAUGGCAUGCGGCUGCGCUCGGCAGGGAAAGCAGUGGACUCAAAGCACCACGCCACUCCCCGGCACCCGAUCCGAAGCCUUGAACAAGGCUCCUUCACGAGUCGGGAGGGCGCUAAUGAUGCAAGCCGAGUCACCCAUGUCCACGGACUCCGUGCCCGUGGUUUUUAAGGGUCCCCGCGUCGCCGGCGCGGUAGGACCCAGCCCCUGCCGAGCAGACUCCCUCCGGAGCUCGGAGGGAGUCCGCCAUUCGGCGAUGGCGCUAACCCGGAAGUCUGGAAUCCAUUUAUAACCAGCACCUUGUUUUCAGCUGUUCAAAGAUUUUUCCCCUUGAUGUGCUAAUGGAAAUUGUACUGCAAUGGUAUUUAUCCUGUGUAAUGAGUGAAACAAAUGUAAUCAUUAUCCUAUGACAACAACUCUUGGGGUGGGAGGGGGGAGACCUAGAGGUGCAAAAACAGAUUACUGAGCUGUUCAGAGGAAGUGGAGCUUUUUCAGCUGUUACCCAAAUUAUACUGUUGCUAAGACAAACCACAAAGCACUUUAAAACUUAAAGCAGCCUCUUUGUAUGGAUAUCAAAUGAGAGGAGGCAGUGAAAUUUUAAUGUUCAUUGGGUUAGCAAAUAUAAUUACCUAAAAUUAGACAAUGAUAGAAAGGUGAUUGCCACCCUGGGCUCCUUUGGGACGAAGGGUGGGGUACACGUCAAUUAACUAACUAUUAUUAUUUAAAAAUAAUAUUGUUAUCUGCAGCUACCUCCAAAAGCUGUACAUUAGCUAUGGCUGCCACCUGAUAUUUGUGGAGUAUGUAUAAGUGCCAAGAGCCAAACUAUUUUAUUAAACAGGUUUGUGUUGUGUAGUUAUUUUUUUGUUGACAAAUAGUGUGUGACUGUCUCAUGGGGUGAGGGCUUUAACAUUUGCCCUGCUGCAGUCCUGGUCAGAAUUUUUUCCAUGCCCAGUAUUUACAAUGGAAGGAAAACUCCCAUACCCUUCAACAUUUCUCCAAUGAAAACAGGGACGUCCCAUUCCAUAAUGAUAAUUUUACUGUUUAUACCCCACACAUCUUACUAGGUUGCCCCAGCCAUUCUGGGCAGCUUCCAACAUAUAUAAAGCCAUUAUUAAACAUAAAAACUUCCCUAUACAGUAUUGCCUUCAGGCGGCUUGGGGGUUGGAUAACUCCAUACCCUCCAACAUUUCUCCAGUGAAAAUAGGGACAUCCUAAGGAAAAGUUGGACAUUCCGGGAUUAAAUCAGAAACCUGGACAGCGUCUCUAAAUCAGGGAUGUCCCUGGAAAAUAGAGAUACUUGGAGGGUCUGAACUCCUUUGGGUGUAACCAGGAGCUUUUCUCUCAGUGAACCAGAAGGUGUGAGGCCCCUUGAUUCCCACCCUACACCACAGUUCCAGCCUUGAUUGCCACCCAUCUCUGCCCCCCAUCCCCAGGCAAGCCAGCUAUUUAUUAAUCAAAAAACAGAUAUGCCACACAAAUAUAUGUGCUGAAAGCCAUGUCUAGUGUGUUCCUAAAAGGGGAAUCCCCUUCAGAGCAAAGUAGGAUGAAACCUAUAACCUUGCAGCAGCACAUAGGGAGAACUGGAGUGUAUAAUGGGCUCAAACAGCAGCCAAAGUGAAAGGAAAAAACAGGUCUCUUGUAAGGCAAUCAGUGUUUAUAGCUGUAAGAAAUACAUUUCUAAUUGAAAUAGUGGGGGGCCCAGGGGCCUUCAGAAGUUAAAGAAACCAAACUCCAUUCCGGAAAGGGGGCUCCCAGUUCACACAAUGGAGCAAUGUUACUACAUGUAUGCACCCAAGUCUAGUGAGCACAGUUUCCAAAAUGUACUUUAAAUAUAAGGAGCAAAGAUCAAAAAUACAGCUGCUUUUGAAUUAACUGAACUUUGAUGUUUUGUGCACAAUACUGAAACAAACCUAUCUUUACCAGGGGUGCAAAAUACAAUUUGCUGGCACAUACAUCUUUGGGAUUGGAGAGUGUCAACAACAAUUUCAGGACCCACAACCUUACUGCUGUGGGAGAUGGUAAGUUCAGAGUAAAUAAGAUAAAUGAUGUAUGAGUAGAAUAUUCCAACUUGAUUUCAUAGUACUCAAAUGUAGCGAUUGUUUUCCUUGCCUUAUGUUUUGCCAAACCUUACAAACUGUAUGAAGAUAGCUUUUCUCCUUGCUAUCUUAACAGCAUUUGGAAGGAAAGAAUUCACACUUUUGAUGGAUAGUCCCCCCUGCCUCCCGAACUACCUCUUGUAAUUUCCCCAAAUCUCUGUCCAAUGCACAUUCACUCAAAACUAAGUCCCACUUUGCUAAGUAGACAGUGUUGCAGUUGGAGGCAAGUGAGUAUGAGGUCCAGAACCUGGAACGAGUUGUAAAAGCAGCAUUUGUAUGGGGCAGACAGAUGCUACUAGGAAAGGUGAGAUAAAUGCCCAUGCCACCCCCCUGUGUUUUUAUGUAUAUAAUUCUCCUGCAGUAGAUGAAACCUGUUUACAUGGUGUGUGUUUUUUAAAAAAUAUAUUGGCAUUUCUAGUCAUGUAUACUGGAUGAAAACGCCACUGAAAAUAUAACAAACCCAUGUGAGUGCUGGUUCACAGUCUUAGAACAAUUGUAGACAUGCAUAACAAAUUACUCCGGAUUCCUGUACAGCAGAACAGUGCCAUUCCAAUCUAACACACUUAUUAAGCCGCAAAAUUCUUCCAUUUUUCCUUCUUUUUUUUAUUGUGGAUGCCUGUCACCUUCUACAUUCAGCAGCUGACCAGUGACUCUCUCGAGCUGACUUUUGUAUGAGGAGGUGGAAGGGAUGAGAAUUUGUUUGGUAAAUGAAGUGUAUGAUGAGGUGAUGAUCGUUUAAGAUCAUGCUGAAGAAACAAGAGGAUAAACUGAGGGUGGAUUCAGCUGUGCUGUUUUUGUCAUGUUGUUGGAUGCACUAGGCAAUUGACCUUCUCUUUGCUGUUUUUGGCAAAGAAAUCUUUGUUGUCCAAAGCGGUCUACUGUUCUUUGGUUCUCUCUAGUCCUGUGCGAUGGAGAUCUCAUCCUGCAGUGUAAUAAAUUCAAAUGCAGGCUCCAGUCUUUGUUCCAUGUCUUGUAAUCAACUAUUGGUAAAAAAAUAAUUCCUAUUGAGUAAUGACUAAUCUAACAAUAUGCAAUGGUCAUGACUUUCUUUUUAGAGGAAUCUUCUUUUUGGCUUCCAUUGUAUGGCAGCCUGUGUUGUCGUCUAAUUGCUCAACCAUACUGCAUGACCAAGGAUAUGAUGACUGGAUUUCUUAGACAACAGGUAAAUUGUAUAAUAUAUAUAUGGUUGAUGUAAACAUAUGCAAGGUUAAAAAUUGAAAUGUAAUGUUCAGUUUUAGCUAGGCAAUCUUGUAAUGCAUUGUACCAAUCUUUUAAGGUGAAGCUGCAUUCUCUCCCCCCCCAAUAAAAUAUUGGUUAGAACAUGCACAGAUACAAAAAUUCACCUCAAGAGCUAAAGGUCUCUUGCAUUGCCCUAGGGAACAGUACAACCCUGUAAAAUGUCGAAGGCAGCCUUGAACACAAAAUGUAAAUGAAUUUUAGCAUGAUUUAAAAUAAACACCACAAACAUGGGCAAUAAUAUCCCUAUAGGAAAAUGAUUAUGCUGAAAUAAAGUGCAGAAGCAAAAACGUCCCCUGACUUACUGGUGUCAGUUGGCAAUUGUGUCAUUGUUGAGGUUGAGACUGGAAGAUUGAAAGGAAAAUUUGUUAGCCAGGUGAUGCAGUAUUAUAUUCAUUAAUGUGAAAUCCUCUUUUUUUUAAAAAAAAUGGGGACUUCUGUGACAUGAUAACUACAAUGAUAAACACUGGGUUGAAAAGAAACAAAUCAUUAGGGUGUUGCCAUUGCUAAGUGUACAUUACCUUGAAUAAUACAUCUUCCCACGUGGACUUGAUGCUGGCCAGUAUCACAUGCACAGGGUCUUACUUUGGAGGAAUUUAUGUUUGUGUGUAUAUCAAUGAAUUGUUACAUGCAACAUGUGCCACGUUAUGUUGGACACAGGUCAUUUCCCUAUUCUUCACAGUUUCCAAUAAACAUCACCAUACGUUUGACACUUGCACAUAAAAUGUUAGCUCUUUAUGUGUAUCGCUGUAGAUGGAAAAAUGUUUUGAUACAUACUUUUAAAGAAAACAUUUACCCGAGUUACAGAUAAAUUCUUGAGGUUGCAAAACUGUUACAUGUUUUUAAAUGCAAUAACAAAAAAGCAUUUAAACAGGCACCUUGAUUACAGUACUUUUGUAGGGAAGAUCAAGGCAGUUAACUAACAAAUAGUUUAAUGUUAACAAGAGUUAAAUAAUAUUGACUAAAACGCAAAAUGCUAUGUAAAGAAGCUUACAAUCGUUACAGUGGUCACUAUGGAAUUACCCUUCCUAUAGGUAAUGCAUAAAAAUAUAGUUAGCCCCAGAAGCAACUGUACUCACCCCCUGCACAGUGGAGUGUAUUAUUAUUAUUAUUAUUAUUAUUAUUAUUAUUAUUAUUUCGCAAAGAAUCUUGGGAGCCCAUGGAGACUGGGGGAGAUAGAUUAUUCUCUGAUCUUAAUAAUCAGAGCUCUAGUGAAUAGAGCAGAAAUGUGACUGGCAUAUUGAGGAAGGAAUAUCUGUGACUAUAAAAACAGCGGCCUAUUCUACCCAGAAUCAAUUUGCUGCCCACCAUUAUUGGGUGGGCAAGGGCAUUUAAUCAUUUGGGAAUCUUAAAUAUGUCCAAUUAAUGGAUGUUUCAUGGGCUUAUUUACAGAAGUGUCUGUUCCUUUUACGACUUCUUGUUGCCACAAGUAACAUUUGUGUUUACUUCCCCCUCUCAUGUUUUUAUACUAACUUUGUUUAGGGGGGCGUACUACUGCUUCUCAAUUCUGAAGAUCUCUUAAUGGAAUAAAAGAUGUUGCAUCUUUAUUGCAAUUCAGUAUUUUCUGUGAAAAUUCCUAGUUGCCUAGUUUUUUUAAACAAGCUAUUUUACCUAAAUUAUUAAGACAUAAGCUAGUGAGUAAUCUUCAGAUGUUAAAAUGCCUUGUGAAUGGAUGUUGGAACUUAAGAUACACAAUGCAGAAGAGCAGACUGGAUUGAUAAAUAACAUAAAAUGGAAAUGUGUAUAUAUAAUUUAUUUAUAGAAAGAGGCUGCAUCUAGACACAUCAAAGAAGUGUUUCAGUUUAAAGCGUUGUAAAUUUAAACAGGGAAAACAGGUAGAGAAAAACAGGACUCCACAUCGCCAUCUGGUGGCACAAUGUUAUAUUGCAUAUACAACACAUAUAAAUCACUUUUUCGUUACCACUCUAGCUGAGUCCAGAGAAAGCUAAAUAAUGUCAUUAACAAUGGUAGAUUUGCAUCUAAACAGUUAUUUGCAUAAUUAAUACUGUUGAGCUCAUUACGAACUAUCAUGAGAUGACCAGGUAAGUCUUUAGUGAUAUUUGCUUUAGCUCUUGUGUGAAAUUUUCUUCUCAAAUUAUUAUACGGACAACUCCGCAAUCUGAGCAGCUGAGUGGUCUCUUCUUAAUGCAUAUUGUGUAUCAUUCAUUAUUCCCCAAAGAAAAUUUAGUUCAUUGGGAAGUAAAACUUAUGCUAAUUGUGUUUGCUUUCUUGCAGCAAAAGAUAGGGAAUGUGACUGGAUGGAGGAAACUAUACUGUGUACUGAGAGGUGGCAAACUCCUUUGUUAUUGUACACCAGAAGAAAUAGAAGCUAAAGUGGAGCCGACUUUGACAGUUUCUGUCAACAAGGUAAAAUAUAACAUCUGCUACUCAAGCUAAGUUACAGUGCUCCUUUUGUAAGUUGUUAAGCUGAACUGGAAAUGCUAUUUGUGUCUCAGGUGAUGGAGUUCCUUCCAUGCCAGGUGUGGGAACUAAGGGUAGCAUUGCACGAAAGCUUCAGGGGCACAGUUUCUGAGUCUCUAAUUGGAACCUCAGCUACCAAUAACUGCAGCUCUUUUUGACAGUUCGUUUUGUGUUUUUUCUGCUACUAAUGCAAAGAUGCUUUUUAGGUCAUUGAUACUACAGCCAUCUACAAGUUUUACUUUUUUUGAUCCAUGGGGAGAUUGCCCCCUGCCAUAAAGGCUCCAUAUAUUUUAUAUAAAUCUGUGGUUCCCAAUGUAGGGCACACACCCCACAGAGGGUCAGUUUGAUUUUUAAGGAAAGCAAUUUGAGAAUGAGUUAUUAACAGUAAAUGGCUUUUUAGGCUUCUUCCACGUGAAUAGGAGUUCACUUUUGGAAUAAUAAGAAUUAUAUGUUACGGGGGGGGGGGGGGAUCAGGAUUUUAGAGAUGCUUAGGUGGGGCAUGGCCAAAAAAAGGUUGGGAACCAUAUAUAAGUAUAUGCAAAAGACAAAUGAGGAAGAUUCUCUUCUGUCUCCAUGUCACAUAUGCUUAAGUACAGAAUUUAAAACCUAGUUUUUGGCAUCUUUCUUUCUUUCUUUCUUUCUUUCUUUCUUUCUUUCUUUCUUUUUCUCACACAUCAGUAACCAACAGGAUACUGGAAGGCAUCAUACGUAUCUAUUCAUGUGUAUCUAGGAGAGAUGAUUUAGAUAGGAAUUACAUGAAUGGGGCAAACUCAUGCUUCCUUCCUUCAUUAAUUGUGGGAAAGAACUGUGCAGUUGGUUCACUCAUGUGGUUUCUAUAUUCAACCUGUCCUAAAGUGCUAUAGGAAGAGGUUUCAGGGAAGCAGCACCCAUACCACUGCCAGGUAAGUGUGAAUGGUAGGACCUGAACACAGCAACCUUCCAGUACUGAGAUGGUAUAAUUGGAAACCUCUGUGCUAGAACAUCCUGCUUGAGUGAACCAUGUGAGGGCAGGUAACUAAACCAUAGAUUGAGCAACAUCUUUCAAGAUGUUUAAUCCAAGGGGCUAAUAACUUAUCGACUUCCAUAAAUUUUGGAGAGUACUGGUUGAUCAAAUCUAUUCACAUUUCUUCAGAAGCAAGUCCACUUUGUUCAAUAGGGCUUACUCCCCAGUCAGUGAGUUUAGGAUUUCAACCUCAGUCUCCACUUAAUUGAAAGACCUAGCAUACACUGCCACACCUUAAGUUGUUUGUUUAGUCUCUGAGAGACAAGUGUAUUCACUAUUUCUUAGUCAAAAGUGGGGACAGUACUGUGUCAAAGGACUGACAGUACAUUUAGACCUGCGUGUUAUGCUGGAGAGAGCUUGUGGGCACUUUAAAUAGCAUGCUUAAUAUGCAGUUCCUUGGAUACAUCCCAUCUGUUGCAUAAUGUAUUACCGCUUCAGAAACAUACCGACCUAUUACUGCUGAAGUUAGCAUCUUCCAUCACUUAAAUAAUCAAAUGAAGUAUAAAAUGCCUCUUACUUGAGAAUCACUUUUGUUUUAUAAAUGCAUUUGCGGCAUAAGAUACAUAGCAAACACUAAAUGAACUUAUGUCACUGGGUUGCUUCAAGUUCUAACCUGUCAAAUGUAAAUCUAUUUGACUUAAUUUUAUACUGGUAUCUAUGGUUACCUGCAUUAAUAGGACACAGCAUUUAUGGAUGAAUUACUUAAUCUCCUAUUUUUAGAAUGAAAAAUUUAAAUGAGCAAAUUCAUCAGAUAUGCUACAAACAGCUGUGUUUGUAUUUCAAACAGCUCCUCCGGUAUUUUUUAAAAUGUACCCCCAUCAAUAAUAUUUUGCAGAUUUUUCAAAGACUUGUCAGCCCUGGAAUUCCGCACCCCUACCCCCAUGACAAUAUAUGUGACUUACUUUUCCUAGUUACAUAUUUAAUCUUUACAGGUGUGAACUGACAGACAUUCCACAGAAUGUGUUUGAAGUGAAAUGGGAUUAAAUAAGAACGGAGAAGUCCUCCUGUCUAUAUAACUACAGUAGUAGGUUUUUUGGCUUUAUAAAGAGAUGGGUUUAAUGUCUGUCUUCUUGUGAAGAAGGUUUAUUUUUGUUUUUGCAAUGGUGAGAUAGUUGGAUGACAUGAAUUAUCAAAAAAAAUUGUGCCUGAGAUAAUUAGGUUGCAGUCUUGUUCAGUUCAAUGUGGUAAAUUCGAUUGCAAUCAAUGGGGUAUUGGGCACGUGAAACCAUUUGUGGAAUUGCAACCUAAUUUUAAAUAGGUCUCAAAGCAUGCAUCACUUAAUCAGAAUAACUGUUGUUGGCAUUCGUGCGUCUCAAGAGACAAUGGAGCGUGCCCCUGGGGGUGAAGUCCAACCGUGCAUUAGCAGCACUGCCCUGGGGUGUAAGCCUGAGCAGUGUUUUUGGAGGUCCUGUCCUGCCCAGAUGACAAGACCCACCCCCCUCACCCUUACUGAUGUGGUCCAAAGGAAAGCAGAGCAAUAUAUUUGGCACCAGCUUGGCUGCAGGAGUUGUCUUUUAAAGGUGUGUUCUUAACUGAAUGUGAAGGUCACACUGGCUGCAUAAGAGCAUGGCCUUUCUGUGAGAAUCUUGGAUAAUGUUUAAAUGGCCCAGCUGCGUGGGCAAGGUCUGAUCAUGUUGGCCCAAACCACAAAAUCAAUGCAGACUCCAGGUUUGGGCUCCAUAUUAUCAGCUCUCACCUGCAUGAUUAGGGUGGUGGGUUGUUUUUUUAAUUCAGGUAAUUCUGUUUUAGUCUUCAUCUGUGCCACCACACAGCUAUUCCCAGAGCAGCUCACAGAUCAAAGAUUAAAAAUAUUGUAACCAGAAAUAUGCUAACUAAUUGUAAAAUAGCAAAACCAGAGCCAAGUAAAAGCAAAAGCUGCUAGUUCAAACAACAUCUAAAAAGUCUGCAUACAUAAAAAGAUAUUUGACCUGGCACUGAAAGAGCAAUAGUAACUGCCAGGCAAUAUGCCAAGAGAGGCACUCUGAAGAUGGAGGCCUCAUCACUGAAAGGCCCCACCUGCCUUGCCUCCGACAGUAGGGGAACUCACAAUGGAACCCUUGGAGAACACCUGGGCAGGUCCAAGUGGGAGCAAACAGUUCUUGUAGUACAUUGUAAAGAGCAUUCUCACAGAUGGUGUUCCAGUUGUAAAGGAGCUGGUAAUGGAAAAUGUGUCCAGGCAAGCAGGGUAACUUCUGUGGGGAAAUGUUUUCUAGCUUUAAACAAUCUGUGACCCUCCAAGUGUUGUCGGACUCCAGUAUGGGCAAUGGUUGGGGAUGAUAGGAGUUGUAGUUCAGAGGCAUCUGGAGGGCCACAGGUUAGCCACUCCUGGUCUAAACAGUGACUGAAAUCCAGAGUGCAAAUGGAGCUGCCCCUGCUCCACUCACAUCCUCAAGAGUGGCUUUUCAGGUGAUGGAAUGAGCUGCAGAAGAAAUGGAUUAAGCAGUAAACUUAACUGUGCAAAUGGACUCCACCCCCCCCCCCAAUGCUUCUCUGGAUACUACUCAGUUUAUGUACCUCUUUGGAUUUAGUCAGUUUCUCUUGAAUAAAUCUGUCAUUGCAAAAUGUAACUGAUUGCAAAGAAGGGGGGGGAGGAGCUCUAAUUGACAUCUCAGAAUCUCUUGGUUGACAGACCUACUUUUGGAAAUCACAGAAAAUUGGGUUGCAACAAUGCAGUUAGACUUGUAGGUGUACUGGACAGUUUAAAGAGCUCCGGUUUCUCCAUUGUUGCUGCAAUAUAUGUUUAAAAUAGCACUGAAGCCAGUUCAGGAAGUGAAACUAGUCUUGGUGUUCUUAACAAGUACAAGACAUGAAGACAGAGUAGUUCAAGGAUAUGCCUGUGAGUAGAUGGGAACAUCGUACAGGUUACUUGGGGAAAGUUUGUCAAUAUGAUAAUUCAAUCAGGUCAGCAACAGAUAUCACUUUAAUUGAUACCGAAUGAUUUCUCUUACUCUUUUAAUUUAACUGAUAUGAAAUAUGCCUCAAUUUUCUGAAUCUGAGCAAUCUAGAAAGCAAUUCUGUUUAGAACCAUCCAAAUGAUGUCUCCUCCUGCCCAUUAUGAAAUAUGUUCUAAAUAUGCUUACUUUAAUGCAUACCUUUUUAAUUUGAGUUCUUCUUUAAGCAGAAUUAAUGUCCAUAUAACAUCACCUUGAAAAUUGCAGUCAUGAAACUAAAUAGUGCCUAGCUGACAACUGUCAAGUAACCUAUGAUUUUUCUGUUUCAUUAAAGUUGGUGUGUGUGUGUGUGUGUGUGAGAGAGAGAGAGAGAGAGAGAGAGAACAUUAUAGUUUCACUCUGUAUUUAUAUAACAUUUAGGAAACCAGAAUUCGUGCUGUGGAUAAAGAUACCCCGAUAAACUCCAAUAACUUUUCUGUUAUCAACCCUGAGGCUGGUGAAACUGUGACUCAGAUUUUUGCAGCUGAAAGCCGGGAAGACCUUUAUAACUGGAUGGAAGCUUUCUGGCAGCACUUCUAUGACUUCAGUAAGUAGCGCCGUCUCCUUUUGUACAGGAGUGCCUAUGUAUGUUCAAAGAAUGCACUGAACAUUUUGAACUCACAUUGCAUAACAAUCCUGUCAUUUGCAAGUAGAAUAAAAUAAAAAAAGCUCUCUGUUCUCCAGCACAUUAGGUAGUAUGUUCUUCAGAGGAAGAGCAGGAAAUCUUUUAACUUUGAUAAUCUGAUCCUUCAUUGCUUUAUUCCCUUGAUAUUCUGGAGGCUCGGAAAGAAGACGAUUGGGAAACCAUCUAUUGGGGAAAUGUUUUAGCGGGGUGGUAUAAAAGUUUCCUGUGUGUUCCUCCCCCCCCCCCCCAAUACAUCUCAUAACUGUUUAUACUGCUGAGCAGAGCCUUCUACUGAGGUUUCAGUGCGCCUCUUCUUCCCCUUCCAUCACAGUGAUUUGCAAUAAAAUAAAUGAAUAUUUAUGUCAAGCUGAAAUAUCUGACAGUAACAGUAUUAAGGUAUAAAUUGUAAAGAUUGGGACUUGGUCAUGCUGUGAGAAUUGAUUGUCUUGUUCCUAGCUUACUUUGCCACUGCAAAGGUAUAGUACUUGCUUGAGAGAUUAUGGCAUUAUUGGAAGCAUCCAGAUCUUCGUCAGCUAGCAAUCUGGAGGAAUUGUAAAAGAGUUAAUGCAGCAUUUAUGAAACAGUUCCCGAUUUGGGGCAUUAUUAACCAGAUAAAAUUACAAAAAGUGGCGUAUUUUUACUUCCUCUCAUUGCUUUCUGAUUUCCUUUUAGGCCAGUGGAAACACUGUUGUGAAGAAUUCAUGAAAAUUGAGAUUAUGUCACCACGGAAACCACCAUUGUUCUUGACGAAAGAGGCUACUUCAGUUUACCAAGAUAUGAGUAAGUGGGAGAUAGCAGGGUAUUUGAAGCAACACUGGACACAACCUAUUGUGCCUCUGUUUUAUAAUCUGUGUGGAGGUUGAAUCAAUUUCUGUUCUUGCAUAACUCUCAUUCCCCCCCCCCCCCAGUGAAGGAGGAAUCCAACCUUAUUCCCCCACCCGAGCCCUCUACAUGUUUCCAAAAUCUGUUCUCAUGGGGUUCCCCAAACCUCGGGAGCAGUUUUUGUGGCUGCACGCAGGGCUGCCGCACUCAGUUCAACGCUGUGCACAAUUAACUGACAGUAAGUCCUGUUGUUCUUAGGCUGGAUAACUGUUUGGCAGUAACUGAUAAUUUUGCAUGAUAUCUGCAGUUUGGUAAAUUUCUUGUUCUCUAGUUUACUAUGUAUAAUGUUGCAACUGGUUAGAUCCAUCUUGACCAAGCGCAGACCUGAGAAGCAGAGUGGCUAAGAUGCUGUGCAAUAAACUGGGGGUUCCUGGUUUGAAUUCCAUGUCUGCCUUCACUCAUACAAUCAUAGAGGGCCUUCUGGUCCAAACUCCAGCAAUGCAGGAAUCACAGGUAAAGAAUCCCUGACAGAUGGCCAUCCAAUGUCUGUUUAAAAACUUCCAGUGAAGAAGGAUCCACCACCUUCUAAGGUAAACUGUUCCAUUGGUGAACAGCUCUUAAUGCUAGAAAGUUCUUCCUAAUGUUUAGUUGGAAUCUCCUUUCUUAUCAUUUGAAUCCAUUGGCUUGGUUUUGGCAACUCACAGGGGUAUUGUAAGCAAGGCAUUCUCUCCCAUUGUCUGAUCCCUCAUUUGGGUUGUUAUAUACGUGUGAAGUAUUAUUAUUGUUUCUGGAUGCUUCUAUUCCAGCUAUAUUAUAAGAACACCCCAUUUGCCUCUGCUGGUAAGGGGAUUAGAACCAUCUUUCUGAUCAGUCUAAAAUUACCUGACUCUUCUAGGACAUGUUAUGAAUAAAAUUGACUUUGCAGCUGACUAGCAGUAGAAAAUAAUGGUUUGCUCCCAAGCCCAGCAACAGUUUGUUGACCCCCUGCCCUUGAGGCUAUAAAAAUUGUUAUAUUGAUUACUGUUCUGUGCAUUGAAACAGUCUCGAAGCAGAGUAAUAUUUGAACAGUGUUUUAAGUGGCCACAAGUAAAUCAAGAGUCAAAUAUGGAGGUACAGCAUGAAAGUUGCAUUGUAGUUUUUAAAGAAAACGAGUAAUAAACCACAUUUAUCCUCUUCAAAAUGAAAGGAGGUUCAUGGUAGGCAUUGGCAUUCAAUAUAAUCUCCCUGCUCCCUGGACAGUGCUAAGAAUUCAGUAAAAAUUAAUGAAGAUCCACAAUAGUUUAACCUCCUGCUGCUGAUUUUACAAGGUAAAGUAUUCCACCUAAUGAAGCCUGCUGUACAGUGGACAGUAGAGCCAUAAUUGGCUGCAUUCAUAAUAUUAUGGUGUGUGUUUUGUUGAUGUGUAAAAGUACAGGAAUUUCUGCUGCCCAGGACAAUUUUAGGGUCUUGUUUUCCAUAAAGGUGUGCAUGUUUUUAUAUCGUCGUGGUAAGGUUUAAACACUGGGCUCAACAACGCAGCUAAGUAUCAAUGUAAUAAGAAUUUUAUGUUGUCUUUUAAAAUGUGAUAGGCAUUGAUUCCCCAGUAAAACAUGAAGCGUUCCCUGAUACAGUGCAACGAAAAGUUGACGAAGUCAAUGGGGAGCUGCCGAUUGGCCAAGAAGAACAUUUGCCACCUUCAUGGGCAGCCAUGUUUGACGGUUCUCACCACAUGCUUGUGCAGAAAAGCCUGCUUCCAGAAGCAAAAGAAGAGGCCAUAAGCCCUAGUGAAGGGAAGGGCAAGAAGAGAAGAGCACCCCUUCCACCAUCUGAUAAGCCGCCAUACACCACAGGAGCACAGACAAUGUCAGAUCAAUUGGGCAAGGAAAACAUCUGGAAUAAUUCUCCUCAUAAGAACAGUUCUCCUGAUUCCAUCUCAUCUUCUGUUCCUCACUUCAAACAACCUAUUGCAGCUCCCCGCAAACCAACUCCUUGGCAGAAAGGUAACUUCGCUGACAAUGAAAAUCCUGCCGAUUCAGGUACAAAGGUUGAUAAUAGCGACAAACCCAUUCCUGCUCCUAGGCAGAAGUUAGUCAAAGAGAUGCUUGAGCCUAGAAUCUGUUUUCAUUCGCAGGUGUAGGACUGGUGCUUGGUUUGCUCAGAAUUACGGGGGCAAAGGGAGUGUUGACCAUGUUCACUAUCUGUCUUUCGCCAGAGUUCCUGAAGUGUUAACAUAUUUAUUUUCAACACACAACCAGGUGAACUUGAGAUUAUAGCAAAGGAAACACCUCUCCUUCCAUCCUGUCCCCAAAUUGUUGCUUGACAUCGCCAGUGUGUAAAGAGAUUCCUCAACAAAGAUACAAAUCAGCAGGGUUGUUUUUUUUAACGAUGGAGAACCUUCUGAUAGACUUAAACUGUUCUUUCCCCCCCUCCAAAACAUCUGUAUGAUCUUUAAUAACUCAACCCAUACAUUUCCCCCAGAUUGCAUUUCAAAUAUCCAAUCUCAAAUUUACGACAGGUUUUUGAGCAGGCACUUAACUCGAGGAGAAUAAAAUUAUUCCUUGUGUUGUCAGGAGUAAUCACAGAUGCUGUUGGCCUCUGCCCAUAGAAGUCUAUGGGACCAGACUCUAGACCCUCACAGUAAUAGGAAUGUCUCUUAAUGAAUGGUCUUACAAAAGAGUUUGAAGAAAAUAAAAGUACCUUUAGGCCUGCUUGUUUACCACCCCAUCCUCUUGUGAAGCUCUUUUGUUCUUUCCCCCUUCUUCUAGCUUUAACCCCACCCCUGCCCAAGUGACACACAGCUAGAGUUUGUAAGGCGUUUCCCGUAGUGCUUCCAAAGUCAGGUGAAUUGUGCAGUGUCAGAUGCGAUUUGAAAUCCCUGUGGGAGCGACCUGUAAUAAAACUCAUUCCCUUGCCCAGUCCCCCAGGGCUUUGUACUACAUUUCUAGUCCGUCAGGAUUUCCCAGGUUCUGUAGCUGGGCUUACCUGGUAAUUUAAGCAUAUGCAGAGUCUUCUAGUCUUUCAUUUAAAAAACAACAACAACCUUUUAUUGCUUUAUUAGCACAGUGAACAAGUAUCUCUUAGAUUACAUUUCUUAGAUAUAUUCUCUUUAUUUUCCUGGUUUUGUUUGUGCAGUAGUAAUCCUGAAUAUGAGGUAGCUGUGUAUGCAUGAGUGCUGGGCUGAGACAAUAGUCAAGUCCACUGUUCUUAGACAUUUGAAGACCCCCAUGCCAGUUUGGGCUGUUAAUGUUUUCUGUUGUAUUCUAAAAUGACAGCAUCAGAAUUCACUCCUCAUUGACGGGUGGGAGAGAAACUUCUUUCUUUAGUAUUUUAGAUAAUAACAUUUAGAUAACAACCCUACAAUUCUGUGAUCUAUGUCUGAAUUGUAGAAAGCAACACACAUUCAUAUCUGUAGGAAAAGAAAUUCUGCAUUGCAAGCAGAAACUAGGUAGAGGAAAUGAACACAUUUUCAAAUAAAAUUGAUUUCCCCUCCCCAGAACAAUAAGCUUAAACUGAAACAGGGUGUGUAUAAAUUUGAAAGGUGUUUUAAAAUUUCUAUAUAUAUCUCGGCUUGUUUAAAAUCCUAAUGUUUUCCUCUUCAAGUGUUUGAAUUUGAAUGCAAAAAUGGCAGCUUCUUUUUAGUUAGACUGGAUUGUAUGAAUUAUGUUAGAUUACAAGAUUUUACUGUGUGUUAACGUCUUAAUGAAAUCUGAUCAGGUACGGUUUUAACCUAUGUAUUAGUUCAUUUCAUUGUGAAGUUGUGUAACAUAGAAAGUACAUUAUAUAGUUUGGAGGAGCUAUAAUUUCAGGAUCACCUGUUUUAUUUUUUAGCUACUCUUAGAGGAACAGAAUAAAGAUAAUGUAGCAGAGGGUUAGUAUGACAUUAAUGCUCUCUAAUCCCUUAAUGAGUAUAGCAGAAUCCUUUUAAUUGGCAUAUUUCUGUUAGCAGUAGGGGAGUGCCAAUUAAGCAAUCUUCUCAAUUUUAAGUCUCUCAGGAAUAUGCUGAGCUUAUUGAUAUUUGCUUUUUAUUCCAUGCCUUGAACUACAGAUUAGUAAUGUGCAAAGCAUUCCAAAUUCCUACAUCUUUAUUUGAUUAGCAAGCCACACUAGCACAGUGAAGCUCCAUGAAAUACGUCCAUAGAGGAUGCCUUGAUUUAGCAAAUGCAGUUCUAAAGCAUUUGUGACUGUGACUGAACUUGCAAGACAGCUCUUAGCCACAGAGUUUAUCCUCUGAAGUUAAUUAAAUUGAAUUUUUAUCCACAUUGUCAAACCAUUGUAUCUUCCUAUCAGGGGAGGGGCAGCUCCUCAUGCAGAAACUGUACAAAAUUCUUAGGAAGGAAAUCACCGUUCCUUCUUGAUGUAUUUUCAGAAUCUCAAAACAUGGCUGAAUGGGAGCAAAAUUAUUGGCUCCCAUUCUUCUUCUUUGGCCAUUUGACAUGUACACCAUCUUGAAAAAAGCAAUAGCUUCCCUAAGAUUUAUAAACAUUUAGAUCUUUGGAAGUAGCUAGUCCCAUUAUAUAAUUAAGGAACAAUCUGGGGUGGUGUUACAGUGGCACAAUCUAAGCAAAGGGGAGGUGCUGGUGUUCUCAUUGCAAUCCCUGAAGCUCUAUGGACUUCUGGGGCACAGACGAUGGGGCAGACUUGCAUUUAAAGGCACAGAUCUGCCUGUGUAGCUCAGACGUUACUGGGGGGAGAGCUCAAGUGGUAAGGAGUAUCAAGCUUGAAUCCGCCACCUCGAACCCUUUCGUAACAGGGAGGGUAGCAUCUGAUCUAGACUGUGACAUCUUUAUUUAACCAUUGGGAUCUCCGUGACCCCUCGGAUCGAUUAUUGGAAAAAAAUGUGGGAUUUGGAUGCAGCAUUUGGGGUGCAGGGAGAGAAAAGAAGAAACUCUUGCAACACGGUUUGAAUCAGAUGUGACCCCUUCCCUGUGGUGAGGCACUAAGUAUGGGGUGCAUAUGUGCUUGAGAUCUCAUGCUGGGAUCUCUGCCUGAUAAAGAGCAGUCUCCACAGGCCUACAGAGAGCUUUCUGCAAGUGGCAUCUUGCUCAUGGACCUCAAUAGCAAGGAGAGAAUAGAGUCCCCAGAAUGGCUGGGAUCGGAGCUAUUCUUCCUCAAUUAGAGAUGCAAUAAUCACCCUUAGAUAUUGCACUUCUCACCCAGCUGCCUCCUUGAGGCAGAAAGAAUGCCACAGUACCCUUUCAUAGCAUAAGAAAUCAAAUUCAAUAAAUUUCCCUGUAGUGGAAUUCUAGUAAUUCUUAUUCACCAUGAGACAUGUUCAGAUGGAAAACUGAAGGUGCAUUUUUGCCUGGAAGAGGGAUGCCCUGGAUUUAUUUUCAUGCCUUUAUAUAUCUACCAGCCAAUGUCCAGCAAGAAGUGCCAGGGAAGCAAAGUAGUGCCGCCAACUUCUUCGCGCUUUAUUAUUUUCCCAAACAGCUAAUGCUUACAGGUAUGAUAUUGGCUCCAGGGUAGCCUCAUUUUGCCCAUGUGCAGUUGAGCCAGGGUGGUGUGUGUGUUUGUGUGUGUGUUUGUGUGUGUGUGUGUGUGUGUGUGUGUGUGUGCGCGCACACACACACACGGAUUGCAGGGAACCUGACUUCAAAUCUGUGCUCACCCAUGAAGCUCAAUGCGUGACGUGAGCCCAGUCUCUCUCUCCAAACUUAUCUUCACAGGGCUGUUGUGAGAAUAAAAUGGGAUGAUCCUCAAGCACACAACUGCAAGAUCAUUGGAGAGAGAAUGGAAUAAAAAAAAUGAUAACAAUGCUGUCUAAUAAUCUCUCAUACCGUAUUGAAAGUUCCUCAAUUUGUCCCCCUGCCCCCUUUGAUCAAGCUCUUAAGGAAUGAUUUUACAUAUGCAUGUCCAUCACUCACAGUCUUACCCCGCAGUGGCUUACUGCUUGAUGACAGCUGAACAUGUGAACUGCCCCCAUUUCAAAAAGAGACACUCCUCCGUUGUCUCUCGAGACAGGCGGAUACCAACCACAACAAUAUUUGAGAUGAUUUUAUAUGAAGGCUUACUCUGCAGGGUUUGAUCUGUGUCUUGUUGCUUGAUGUUGCACUUGAGCUGAAUGUGCAUCUCUUAAGUCUCUCUAAUUGCAAUCAACUUUGAAGUCAGGGGAGGGCAAACUACAUUAGCUGUGGAAGUGGAACCUCACCCUGCCUAGAACUUGCAGUUAAUCAUGCCUCAUCACUAUUGCAUGUGCAAACUGUUAAUAAUGCCUUGGGUACUCUGUUAAAGGUUCAACGAUGUAGGUGGAGUUACUAUUUGUGUGAGGCUUUUAAAAAAACUUAUUUAAUUUGUUUACAUGUUUUAAUUAUGUUUGGGAGUAAUAUGCUUCCAUUUUCCACUAAUGCUAAGUGGAUAGUUUUGUACUUGAAAUGCCUGUGGAUGACCUGGUAGAUAGUGGUUUUGCUGCUAAAUGUGUAUUGUUUUUUAUUCCAAGGUAUGUCAGACUUAAAAAAAUAUAUAACAAAUGUAGAAACUUAAAUAUUGUAUAAAAUGAGUAUGAACAAUAAACUUCUGUGUUCGUUAUAAGUCUGACUGCUGUGUUUCAUUGAGUACAUGGAUUGAUAAUAUGGACAGAUUAGCUACAUACGAAUGAAUUGCAUGUCGACGCAAAAUAAGAAUGGAUAAAUAUGAAGAAAUCUGGAAUGAAUAUUUAAGCUAUAAGGUGGAUAGUGGUGGGAAGUAGGGGGAGGAGAGAGAGGUGGGAAAAUAUUGUUUAAAAAGGUGUAGUCAUAGGCAUAUCAGUGUAUUCAAAUCUGAAUUGUCAAAUUUUUUAUUGUUAUUAUGGUUUUUGUUGUAUGUGUCUUUUGCAAUUCAUGUUUGUAUCGAAAAAAUGAUUAAUUUUUUUUUUUAAAAAAAGACUGACUGCUGUGUUGGUCUCCAGGAAAGUGGGAACAGGGAGAUCUAAAAUGGUGCUCUUUUCUUGGAAUAAUUGUGUUGGUGGAGCAAGGCUUUUUUAAUUUUUAUAGUAUCCCAGCUUUCCUAAUCAAUGCAGUUGGCCCAAUAAAAUACAUCAUUUUGACUCUGACCUAUGGUUUUGUUUUGUUUUCAAGUACAUUUAUAGAAUUAUAAAUCAUGCUUCCCUGACCUUUUAUGAAAUAAAAGAACUAUUUUGGGCUUAGCUAAUUUCUUAAACUGUACAAUCUGCUGAGUAGAUCCCCUGGGCUAGAACUGAAGAGUAAACAGUAUGUUGGCCUCGCUGUAACAACAAGGCAAAGAGAUAAAGCUAUCCAAUAGUAAAUGUUAAUUACAUUUCUAAUAGUCUGACUAUAAGCCAUUAUGGUGCUAAAAAAGGGAAAUAUUCAUAAAAGUAAUUGGACAUAUUAUGUAAACUGACAUUCAUUUCACUUUAGCAUACUUCAGUGAGCACAAUAUUCUCUGGCUGUUCUGCUGUUUUCUAAAUUCUCCAAGGUACGCAAAGGGGCAUUGAACAAAUAAGCAUUUCAUAUAAUUUAGCUAGGGUUUUAAAUUUUUAUCCUGCCUUUUAGAUUUGCUACAAUUGAAUGGUUAAGUGUGGUGUGUGUGUUUGUGUGUAUCCCUGAAGAAUAUAUAUAUAUAUCCCUGAAGAUGAUGGGCUUGGGUCUGGAUGGUUCUUGUGCUCAGAAAACGUUAAACAGCUAUAAUAAUUUGGGGGUACUUAAACUUUUGCUGAGCUGCAUAUGCAUCAGUUGUGUUUCCUUCAUAACAUGUUUAGUUGCCCCAAAUUAGGAUUCCCAGAUACAUAGAUGUUUUAAAGUGUGUGUGUGUGUGUGUGUGUGUGUGUGUGAUCACUGCAUAUUUGUUGCAGAAAAUCCUGGCAUACACACAGGAAAUACAUUUGCCACCUAACAUGUGAGCGCUAGCUCAGUGAGCCAGGCAAUUAGAGCAGGUUCCUGAGCACUUCUUUGGGGGGUAGGGAGUUGUCAACAGUGAACUAUGAUUCUCCCUCCCCCCCCCCCCGUUAAUUUUCUUGGACUCAAAGGGCAGAAACUGCUGUUUGCUGUAUGAAAUACUUCAAAUGCCUCUGCUCUUUUAAAGCCAAACACAGACAUAGUAUAUUUUUGCCCAAUUAUCAUCAACGAACUGUAAUAAACUGUUACAAGAAGCUUGGCAGAUACUUCAAUCUUGGGGAAACUUGAUUGAUUUAUGAGUUUAUGAAGAAUGCUGAAGUAUGAUGGAUUGAUUUUUUUUUUAAAAAAAUAGUGCUCUGGAAGUCAGUGCAGAUGAGUGAUUUAAUGAAAAUCACAUUGCGAGCAAAGUUGCGGCAGUUUGCUUCAAGGGAUUAUACUGAAACAAGAUAGGAUAAUAUCUUAAUAUAACCACUACCAAAUGGACAUAAUUGAGAUCUCCCAUAUGCGCAAUAUGCGCAUGAAGAUCUGUCUGCGAAACAUCGCCAUAAAUUGCUUUUACUCCAUGAAAAAUAAUCUUUGAACAUUUUUUUUUAUAUCAAGACAGCUAUCAAAAUGUUUAUAUGCCUUCAAAAGAAAAAUAACCCUACCAAUGAGGACACCAUGUCUGCUUCUAAAAGCUGAUAUUUGCUAUUGACCUGAUGAUAAAGCAAGAUUCUGAAACUCUUGAUUUAAGGUAGAUCAAAGUUAGUACUACUUGGCAUAGGGUGUACUGAAUGGAGGCCGUUGCUUUACACAUUACCGUAGAAGGCAACAAGGCUUCAAGAUGCAGUAAAGUAUGUGCCCACACUACAUAAGCCAGAGAAACAGGCUGUGAGCAACUGUGUCCACUUGUGGUUUGGCUCCCCACAGUAUCUUUUCAUGGAGCACCUGUGGUGAAAGGCAACUAGCUACCUCACAGGCAAAAUCAGACACACAGAUUGCACGGUGUACUUCCUUCUGCUGGAGCCAUUAAGCACCUUAAAUCAUAAUCACGGGCUUUGAUUUAUUCUCUAAGGCUUUAGUUUCUGCCUGAGCCACCUACUUCAGAGCCAAUCUCAUGCAUGUCUAUUUGGAAGCAAACUCCAUUGAAUUCAAUGAGGCUUACACUUACAUAACUGUAAUGGACCCUAGUUUCUAUUUGAUAGAAUAAAAUUUCCAUAUUCACUACCUUCAUUAAAAACAUACACGCCAAAUUAGGAGUUUUAUUUAUUUUUAUUUACUGCAAUUUAUUUAAGACUGUCCAGUAAUAUUCUUUAAAGCUGUGUUUAUGUUAUAUUACCAGCUGGACCAAAGACUCACAUGUAUCUUUAGCAGUGCCCUGACCACUCGGAAGGUAACUACCCAGUCUAUAUAAUCACCAGGGCUACAGAAUUCCUUUGUAUGGUGAAAGACUAUGCAUGCCAGGUCCUUGUAGCGUACAUUACAGGAAGUUGUGGUGGAGGAGGGACAUGUGGGCUUCUUCCUACAUGAAGGGACUUCCUAGUCCUGUAGGAGCUGAUCAGAUGCAAGCCCAGCCACCCCAAUUCCAUGGUAGCACCUCCAGAAGGGAGGAAAUCAAUGGGACAAUGGGAAAUGUUUUGUGUGCUGCUCUUGUCCCCCAGUCAGAUAAACUGACGAGGGCUUGCAAUGGCAGGACUUAUGGCUCUCAGCAGCACUAAUAUUGCAAGACCCAGGAUUUAAAGGUCUCGCAAGAUUUUGAAGCAAGAUUUCUGGGACCUUAUAAAUGGCCUCACACAUGGUAAGCCUCAAUUGGGCUUCCACAAGUAAAGCACGAUACCAAUAGCAUCUCCCUCCCUCCCCACCCCCAUUUUAUUGCCCUCUUUUAUAUGGCAAUGUUCUGAUCAAUUCUCUGGCAAUCUAAUGAAGUUGUGGCUAUUUUGCUCCAGCACUGUGGCCUCAUUUGUCAUCUGUACAGUGUCUGUGUGUUAUGUCUGGUUCAAACAGAAUAUGCAAAUGAUGUAUGUUCUAUGUUGUGGUGACCGUACUUUUGUUUUUCUCAAGCCCUUGGGAUGACAUAGAGUAAAAAAAUAAUCAAUAAACCUUGACUACAUUAACAACAGCACAAAUGUAGGUUUCUUGUGCUCCUGUUUAUCAGGUUAAGGCUAAGAGGAAGGAUUUGAACCCAGUUCCGUUGUCUUCAGAUAUGUAUUUGAACAGCAUCCUUGGCCAUCUGUGUUUCUUACAGGCUAAUGAAAAUCCCUGGGAGCUGUUGAAUGCUAUUCUUAGACAAAACCUCAUUAUCUGGAUUUCUGUACCAUUGAAAGCAUACAGAUCACCCUGGAGAAGCUAAUGGAUGUAAAUAAAUCCACACCAAUUAAGAUGGUAAAAGAAAGAGAGUAAUAGGAAAGAUCUUGUGUUCUCAAAUGUGCUCUGUAACUGAAUAUGGUUUUUUCAUAUAGGCUACAUUGUUAAAGGAGUAAUGCCAUAAUAUAGCUCCACUCUGCCAUUGCAAAGGAAAUCAAAAACAAUAUAGCACGAAAUAAGGUGUAAUGGACCUCUUCUGUUAACAAGGACCUAAUACAAUUAUUUUUCCCACAGGCAUCAUUGGCAAGCCACACCUUUGUUCUCAAUUGCUUCUCCCUAGUUAUGCAUGUUAUGGAGAAAAUGGCUAG